AUGGCAUCAGUAGCAAUCAAAUACGUUGAGAAAAAAGGUGAACUUUGGCCAAAGGAUCGAGAACCAUUUCAUGGCGAUAUCGUUCAAGGUCGACUAGGCAAUUGUUUUUUUAUUGCGGCAGUGCAAGCAAUAGUCUCGUCUCAACCAAAUGUUUUAAAAUCGAUUGUCAUAUCAGAAUUAAAUGAUAAUCGAUAUCGAUGUAUUUUCUAUCGACAAGGUGAACAAAUUGAAAUUGAUGUUGAUCUCACAAAUAUACCAGUUGAUACGAAUUCAAAUAUUCCAUUGUAUUGUCGAUCAACAUCGGAAAAUAUCGUAUGGCCGUAUGUGUUUGAAAAAGCUUAUUCUCAAUUCUAUGGUUCAUACGACAAUUUAAUCGGUGGUAAUACAUCUGAAGCCUUUUAUGAUUUAUUAGGUUUACCAGUUGAUGAAUACGAACCAAUCGAUGAAAUAUGGAACGUCAUAUCAAAUUGUCUAAGAAAUAAAGAGGGAUUUGUUACUUGUGGUGCAAUUGAUAACACUGUUCAAGUGCCAACAAUUCGUAAUGGUAUUCGAAUCAAUCAUGCCUAUGUCAUACUAACCACGUAUGUUUUUCAAACUCAACGUUAUUUGUUGAUACAUAAUCCACAAGGCAUAAAUGAUAUUCAACAAGAAAAUAGGCUAGUAAGAAAAGCAUUUUUUACAUCAUCAUCAUCGUACUUAUUAUGGGAAAAUCAACAAGGCACACAAUUUCUAGCAUGGAAAGAUUUAUCGAAAAUGUGUAAUCGAAUACAAAUUUGUUACUGUACAGCUAAGUCGAUUUAUAACAAACCUCUGUUCUCACAAUGGACACAAUCAUCUUCAGGUGGAUGCUCUAACUUAUAUUCAUUCUAUUUGAAUCCAUUCAUAUUGAUCCCUCACGAACUAAAAGGAAAAAUGCUAACCAUCUUGAUCGGACAAAAUGAUCAACGAUGUGAACGUACAAAUCCAUUGCAAAAAUUAAAUUAUCCACAACUUGGUAUCACUGUUGUCAAAUUUCAAAAACAAGAACAUGAAGACGAAAGAGCAUUUAUUCCUACGCAAGAUCGAUAUGAAUUGAUUAAACAAUCAAAAUAUUGGAACAAACGAGAUCACGCACUCCGUUUUGAAAUGCCAACACAUUAUGAUGUGAAUAUAGCAGCCAUUGGUGUUAUCCUUUCCACUUAUUCGCCAAAUAUGCUAAUUCAAUUUUGGCUACAAUUCUAUAUCGAUACAACAAUUCCCAUGUUGAAUACUUUUAACGUUCGAACAUUAUUAACAUUAUAUCCAGAACAACAGCAUUUUUCUAGUAAAUGGACAAAAGUCAAUAGUGGUGGACGAUAUCAAAAAAAUACAUUUUAUCAUAAUGUAGGAUACCGUGUAUUAAUUGAACAAGAAUCUGUCUCAACAUCAGUCACUAUUAUUCUUCAUCAAAUUCCAUAUACCAACAGUAAAGAUACACCAAUUAUACCAUUACAAAAUCAUCAUCCCAUAGGUCUAUACGUUUUCUCAGUGACAGAUAAAAAUGUUAAACUAAAAGAAAGUCCGCCAUUAUACUCUGAUGCAGAAUUUAUACGAGCACGUUCAAUAUCAAAAAUUGUUCAGAUUCAUAAAGGACACGAAUACUAUGUUGUGCCGACUUGUUUUGAGUCAAAUUCAGAAGCCGCAUAUGAUUUAACGUUUUUAUCAGAUAUUCUUUUAUCGAUCACAAAACUUGAAUCUAUUGAUAUAUUAAAACCUCGUGUUGUCACACCACCUAAGAACAAAACUCAACAAAAAACACCAUCGUCAUCUUCUCCAAUAGCUCUUUCAACGGCAACACGAAAUGUAAAACGUCUCGUUCACGAAGAUUUUCAAAAUCUCAUAUAA